AACACCGAGAAUGAAAUGGGUUUUUGUAAAUUAUGUAGGAGCUUCAAGUAUUGCUUCUUUUUACCUUAUGUCAGGAAAAAUUUAUUUACAACCAAAUACUUUUGGGGUUCCUUGAGACAAUGGGUAUAAACUUGUUGCUUUCUUCAGAGGUGAUGUCUAUACAAAGUCAAGGUAUUAUUAUCUGCAAUGCAGACUUAUUUUUGUGGGGAAAUGCUAACCAUAUUAUGGAAAUAGUACAGAUAGUAGGAGGGAGAAAAGGCAGAUUUGAUCAAUGGUAUAUGCGGGAUUUAGAAUCAAUAAUUUACCUAAAAACAGCUGGGAAUUGCUUUGAUAUCAUGCAGCGAACACCCACUAUCUGCAUAUUGACUUCCUCUCAGAGUCGUGUUCUAGAGUAUGUCACAGCGGAAAGAGCACAGGAUGGGGGCCAGGGGUAUAAGUUCUGAUCUAGUUCUGCCAUUGACUACUUAAUUGCCUCAUUUUCCCCAUCUUUAAAAUGAAAUGGUUUUGGGAAAAGGUUCCUAAGGUCCCUCCAGUUGUGAUAUGUCAUCAUUCUGUGAUUCUACGUCCCACGCCUAUCAAAAGCAUUUUGACUUUUCUUAAGUUGCUUACACCAGCAUUUCAGUUAGAAUGCGUCCAGGAGCUUGUAUCCGUGGGCUGUUGGGAACAGCAAGAUCUUACUUCUCCAGGACUUGAUAUGUCUUCUGUUAACUGCUGACAGUGAGCCAUACCACCUAAAAGGCUCCCUUGGUAGCCGUAAAGAUUGAAAGGACAAAUGGACAGUUUGAGAACUCUGUGGAAGAGGAGACCUGAGAGACGGUGAUCAUCAUGGCCCCUUGGGAUUUGCAAAGAGGAAUGACUAGAACUGGGCCGUUCACUGCAGCCAGGUCAAAGGUCAGGUCAGGAAUGUGGACAAUGCUGGUGACUCCAGUUGCUUCCAAGAUUCGGUACUUACAAGAAUAUCAUAACCGGGUUCUUCACAACAUUUAUCCUGUACCUUCAGGGACAGAUAUUGCAAACACCCUGAAAUACUUUUCUCAGACCUUGUUAAGCAUUUUGUCCCGCACAGGGAAGAAGGAAAACCAAGAUGCCUCCAAUUUGACAGUGCCCAUGACCAUGUGUCUUUUUCCUGUGCCAUUCCCACUCACCCCAUCUCUAAGACCGCAGGUCAGUUCCAUCAACCCUACUGUUACUCGCUCCCUCCUUUACAGCGUCCUGCGAGAGGCCCCCUCUGAACGCGGCCUGCAGAGUCGUGAUGCUCACUUGUCAGACUACCCUUCUUUGGACUAUCAAGGCCUCUACGUGACUUUGGUGACUCUCCUGGAUCUAGUUCCUUUACUACAGCAUGGCCAACACGAUCUUGGACAGUCGAUAUUUUAUACAACUACAUGUUUGCUACCCUUUCUCAAUGAUGAUAUUCUGAGUACUUUGCCCUACACGAUGAUAUCAACGUUAGCUACCUUUCCUCCAUUUCUGCACAAGGAUAUUAUUGAAUAUCUUAGCACAUCUUUUCUACCAAUGGCUAUAUUGGGUUCCUCAAGGAGAGAAGGCGUUCCUGCCCACGUUAAUCUGUCUGCAUCAUCUAUGCUUAUGAUUGCAAUGCAAUACACAUCCAACCCAGUGUAUCAUUGUCAAUUAUUGGAAUGCCUCAUGAAAUAUAAGCAAGAAGUCUGGAAAGAUCUUUUGUAUGUGAUCGCCUAUGGACCUUCACAGGUGAAACCUCCUGCUGUGCAAAUGCUGUUCCAUUACUGGCCCAAUUUAAAGCCUCCUGGGGCAAUAAGUGAAUACAGGGGCUUGCAGUAUACAGCUUGGAAUCCCAUCCACUGCCAGCACAUUGAAUGCCACAACGCAAUUAACAAGCCAGCUGUGAAGAUGUGUAUAGACCCUUCCCUGUCCGUAGCUCUGGGGGAUAAACCACCCCCAUUGUAUCUCUGUGAAGAAUGCAGCCAGAGGAUUGCAGGGGACCACAGUGAAUGGUUGAUUGAUGUUCUUCUGCCACAAGCUGAAAUAUCUGCUAUAUGUCAGAAGAAGAACUGCAGUUCUCAUGUAAGAAGAGCGGUGGUCACCUGCUUUUCAGCGGGGUGCUGUGGCCGUCACGGAAACCGGCCUGUUCGGUACUGCAAAAGAUGCCACUCGAAUCAUCACAGCAAUGAGGUGGGGGCUGCCUCGGAGACGCAUCUGUAUCAGACCUCCCCUCCGCCCAUCAACACUCGGGAAUGCGGCGCAGAGGAGCUGGUCUGCGCGGUGGAGGCGGUGAUCAGCUUGUUGAAAGAGGCCGAGUUUCACGCAGAGCAGCGGGAGUGUGAGCUGAACCGCCGGAGGCAGCUGGGCCUUUCGUCUUCCCGCCACUCCCUGGACAACACUGACUUUGACAACAAGGACGAUGACAAACACGACCAGCGCCUACUCAGUCAAUUUGGAAUAUGGUUUUUGGUGAGCCUCUGUACACCCAGUGAGAACACACCUACGGAAAGCUUGGCCAGGCUGGUGGCCAUGGUGUUUCAGUGGUUUCACUCCACAGCCUAUAUGAUGGAUGAUGAAGUUGGGAGUUUGGUGGAAAAACUGAAGCCUCAGUUUGUCACCAAGUGGUUGAAGACAGUAUGUGAUGUUCGCUUUGAUGUCAUGGUCAUGUGCCUUCUUCCCAAACCAAUGGAAUUCGCCAGGGUUGGUGGAUACUGGGAUAAGUCCUGCAGCACAGUGACUCAGUUGAAGGAAGGGCUCAACCGAAUCCUCUGCCUGAUCCCCUACAAUGUGAUCAGUCAGUCUGUGUGGGAGUGUAUCAUGCCGGAGUGGCUGGAAGCCAUCAGAACAGAAGUCCCAGAUAACCAGUUAAAAGAAUUCAGGGAAGUAUUAAGCAAAAUGUUUGACAUUGAGCUCUGUCCUCUACCUUUUUCAUUGGAAGAAAUGUUUGGCUUUAUUAGUUGCCGGUUCACAGGAUACCCUUCCUCUGUUCAGGAACAAGCUUUACUGUGGCUUCAUGUCUUAUCAGAGUUAGACAUCAUGGUUCCACUUCAACUAUUGAUAAGUAUGUUUUCUGAUGGAGUUAAUUCUGUUAAAGAACUGGCAAAUCAAAGAAAAUCAAGAGUCAGUGAACUGGCAGGGAACCUUGCAGCUCGAAGGGUGAGUGUUGCCUCUGAUCCGGGCCGGCGAGUUCAGCACAAUAUGCUGAGUCCAUUUCAUAGCCCUUUCCAGAGUCCAUUUCGGAGUCCCAUGCGUAGUCCAUUUCGUAGCCCUUUCAAGAAUUUUGGACACCCAGGAGGAAGGACUAUUGACUUUGAUUGUGAAGAUGAUGAAAUGAAUCUAAAUUGUUUCAUCCUCAUGUUUGAUCUUCUCCUGAAGCAGAUGGAGUUACAAGACGAUGGGAUCACAAUGGGUUUAGAGCACAGCUUAUCAAAGGACAUCAUUUCCAUUAUAAACAAUGUCUUCCAAGCCCCCUGGGGGGGCUCUCACACCUGCCAGAAGGACGAAAAAGCAAUUGAGUGUAACUUAUGCCAGUCUAGUAUUCUCUGCUAUCAGCUUGCUUGUGAACUCCUGGAGAGACUAGCUCCUAAAGAAGAAAGCCGGCUUGUGGAGCCCACAGACAGCCUUGAGGAUAGCCUCCUUUCUUCCAGACCAGAGUUUAUUAUAGGCCCUGAAGGUGAGGAGGAGGAGAAUCCAGCAACCAGGCAUGGGGAGAACCCCGGCGAUUGCACCGAGCCCACGGAACAUGCUGCAAUAAAGAAUGACACUGAGAGAAAGUUUUGCUACCAACAGCUUCCUGUAACUUUGAGGCUAAUAUACACCAUUUUCCAGGAAAUGGCGAAGUUUGAAGAGCCAGACAUCCUUUUUAAUAUGCUCAAUUGCCUGAAGAUUCUCUGUCUACAUGGAGAGUGUUUAUACAUUGCUAGAAAAGACCAUCCUCAAUUUUUAGCCUACAUUCAGGAUCAUAUGUUGAUUGCAAGCCUGUGGAGAGUCGUCAAAUCUGAGUUCUCCCAGCUAUCUUCAUUGGCAGUUCCUCUGCUUCUCCAUGCUUUGUCACUUCCUCAUGGUGCUGACAUCUUCUGGACAAUCAUAAAUGGCAAUUUCAACAGCAAAGACUGGAAGAUGAGGUUUGAAGCAGUGGAAAAAGUGGCUGUAAUUUGUAGAUUUUUGGAUAUUCACUCAGUGACCAAAAACCACCUGCUGAAGUACUCCCUGGCACAUGCUUUCUGCUGCUUUCUCACAGCUGUGGAGGAUGUCAACCCAGCGGUGGCUACCAGGGCCGGUCUCCUGCUUGACACCAUAAAGAGGCCAGCAUUGCAGGGUCUGUGUCUCUGUCUUGAUUUCCAGUUUGAUACUGUGGUUAAAGACAGACCCACAAUACUGAGCAAACUUUUACUCCUGCAUUUUCUUAAGCAAGAUAUUCCUGCCUUGAGCUGGGAGUUCUUUGUCAACAGAUUUGAGACCCUUUCUUUGGAAGCUCAGCUACAUUUGGAUUGUAACAAAGAAUUUCCUUUUCCUACAACUAUCACGGCUGUAAGGACCAAUGUCGCUAACCUCAGUGACGCAGCAUUGUGGAAGAUCAAGAGGGCUCGUUUUGCAAGGAACCGCCAGAAGAGUGUGCGUUCUCUGAGAGACAGCGUGAAGGGUCCUGUGGAAUCCAAGAGGGCACUCUCUCUCCCCGAGACCUUAACCUCCAAAAUUCGACAAGAGUCUCCUGAGAAUGACAACACCAUCAAGGACCUGCUCCCAGAAGACGCUGGGAUUGACCACCAGACUGUCCACCAGCUGAUUACAGUGCUCAUGAAGUUUAUGGCGAAGGAUGAGAGCAGCGCUGAGUCAGACAUCAGCAGCGCGAAGGCCUUCAACACGGUCAAGCGGCACCUGUACGUCUUGCUCGGCUAUGACCAACAGGAAGGUUGCUUCAUGAUUGCACCUCAAAAAAUGCGCCUGUCAACUUGCUUUAAUGCAUUUAUUGCAGGAAUUGCCCAAGUAAUGGACUAUAACAUUAACCUGGGAAAACACCUUCUCCCCUUGGUGGUUCAGGUGCUCAAAUACUGCUCUUGUCCUCAACUACGGCAUUAUUUCCAACAGCCACCUCGUUGUUCCCUCUGGUCCCUAAAACCUCACAUCCGGCAGAUGUGGUUAAAGGCCUUGCUUGUCAUCCUUUACAAGUAUCCAUACCGAGACUGUGAUAUCAGCAAGGUCCUGCUGCAUCUGAUUCACAUAACCGUCAAUACACUCAACGCUCAGUAUCACAGCUGCAAGCCCCAUGCCACGGCAGGGCCUCUGUACAGUGACAACAGUAACGUAAGCAGAUACAGCGAGAAAGAAAAAGAAGAAGAUAGUGUUUUUGAUGAAUCUGAUAUUCAUGAUACACCUACUGGACCCUGCAAUAAAGAGUCUCAAACUUUUUUUGCAAGAUUGAAAAGGAUAGGCGGCAGCAAAACCGUGAAAUAUCACCCGGUUGAGAUGAAUGUGCAGAGAAGUGAGAUAGAGCCGGCUGAUUAUAGAGAGACGGGUGCGUUACAAGACAGCAUUCUACACUGUGUGAGAGAAGAAAGCGUUCAGAAAAAAAAGCUGCGGUCUUUAAAACAAAAAUCUCUUGAUAUAGGGAAUGCAGACUCCCUCUUGUUUACGUUAGACGAGCACCGAAGGAAGUCCUGCAUAGACCGGUGUGACCUAGAUAAGCCUCCCGCCCAUGCUGCUUAUGUCAUGCAGAGACGUGACCCUGGACGUCCCAGACAGAACUCUGCUGCGAGGCCUGACAACCCCGAAGGCCCCGAGAACCCAGCGGCGGAAAGUUUCCAAGAAACCCGCAGGCCGGUGAUCCCCGAAGUCAGGUUGAACUGCAUGGAGACGUUUGAGGUCAAAGUGGAUUCUCCGCUCAAGCCUGCUCCCAAGGAGGAUUUAGACCUGAUAGAUUUGUCCUCCGACUCCACCUCGGGGCCUGAAAAGCACUCGGUGCUCUCCACGUCUGACAGCGACUCUCUUGUGUUCGAGUCUCUUCCCCCGCUCCGCAUAGUAGAGAGCGACGAGGAAGAGGAGACCGGGGAGCCGGCAAGUGCUGGGGCCUCUGGUAAAAACGCUCCCUCCUCUCCCUCCCUCCACAGCCCUCCUCCCCUCCACAGCCCCCCCUCGGUCCUCAGCCUCAGCACAACUCCCCUCGUGCACGUAAGUGUGGAGGAUUGUUCCAAAGACUUCUCUUCCAAGGGCUCAGGAAAUAACCAGUCAGCAGGUGCCGUGGGCUCCGCCCGUGUUGCUCUGGAAGACCCCGCAGACUCCGAAGAACAUUCGAGGCCGGAGGAGUCCCAGGACUUCUCCCGCGGCAGCCCGCUCACGCUUAAACAAAAGCGAGACCUCCUCCAGAAGUCCUGUGCCCUCCCGGAGGGGUCCCUGGACGACAACCCUGAGCCCAGCAUCGAGGAGGAGAAGCCCGGCGGGCCGGUGCCAAGUUCAGGGGCAAAAACCGUCCUCCUCAAAGUCCCAGAGGAUGCCGAGAACCCGGCGGAAAGUGAGAAGCCCGACACCAGCGCCGAGUCGGACACAGAACAGAAUCCCGAGAGGAAGGCGGAAGAAGAGGGAGCCGAGGAAUCCGAAUUCAAGAUCCAGAUUGUCCCCAGGCAGAGGAAACAGCGCAAGAUCGCUGUCAGUGCCAUCCAGAGAGAGUAUCUGGACAUCUCCUUCAACAUUCUGGACAAGCUGGGAGAACAGAAAGACCCAGAUCCCUCUACUAAAGGACUUUCAACUUUGGAAAUGCCACGGGAAUCCUCAUCUGCCCCUACAUUAGAAGCUGGUGUGCCAGAAACAAGCAGCCACUCCUCAAUAUCAACUCAGUAUAGGCAGAUGAAAAGGGGAUCCCUGGGAGCUCUGACAAUGAGCCAGUUAAUGAAGCGACAGCUGGAACAUCAGUCUAGCGCCCCCCAUAACAUCAGCAACUGGGACACUGAACAGAUACAGCCCGGGAAACGGCAGUGCAACGUGCCCAUGUGCCUAAACCCUGACCUGGAGGGACAGCCGUUGAGAAUGAGAGGUGCCACGAAAUCCAGCCUGCUGUCCGCACCCAGCAUCGUCAGCAUGUUUGUGCCGGCGCCGGAAGAAUUCACAGACGAGCAGCCGACGGUGAUGACGGACAAAUGCCAUGACUGUGGGGCCAUUCUUGAGGAAUAUGAUGAGGAAACCCUGGGGCUGGCCAUCGUGGUCCUCUCCACGUUCAUUCACUUAAGCCCGGACCUGGCAGCCCCACUGCUGCUGGAUAUUAUGCAGUCCGUGGGAAGAUUGGCAUCCAGUACUACUUUCUCUAAUCAAGCAGAAAGCAUGAUGGUUCCUGGCAACGCCGCGGGGGUGGCCAAGCAGUUCCUGCGCUGCAUCUUCCAUCAGCUGGCCCCCAACGGCAUCUUCCCACAGCUGUUCCAGAGCACUAUCAAAGAUGGGACUUUUUUACGGACCUUAGCCACGUCUCUGAUGGACUUCAAUGAACUGAGCUCUAUUGCUGCUCUCAGUCAGCUCCUGGAGGGUCUAAAUAACAAAAAGAAUUUACCAGCAGGGGGUGCUAUGAUACGCUGUUUGGAAAACAUUGCUACCUUCAUGGAAGCUUUGCCCAUGGAUUCGCCUAGCAGCCUCUGGACCACAAUCAGCAACCAGUUUCAGACAUUUUUUGCCAAGUUGCCUUGUGUCUUGCCCUUGAAGUGUUCUUUAGAUUCCAGCUUGAGAAUUAUGAUUUGCCUCUUGAAGAUACCCUCUACCAAUGCCACAAGGAGUCUGUUGGAGCCAUUUUCAAAACUGCUCAGCUUUGUGAUUCAGAACUCUGUCUUCACGCUGGCCUACCUGGUGGAGGUGUGUGGUCUCUGUUACCGAGCUUUCACGAAGGAGCGGGAUAAAUUCUACUUGUCUCGUAGUGUUGUUCUGGAACUCCUGCAGGCCCUGAAGCUCAAAUCCCCUUUACCAGAUACAAACCUCCUCCUGCUUGUCCAGUUUAUUUGUGCGGAUGCUGGGACCAAACUAGCUGAGUCAACAAUCCUGAGCAAGCAAAUGAUCGCCUCUGUACCUGGAUGCGGGACGGCUGCAAUGGAGUGUGUGCGACAGUACAUCAGCGAGGUGCUGGACUUCAUGGCCGACAUGCACACGCUCACCAAACUCAAGAGCCACAUGAAGACAUGUUCUCAGCCUCUGCAUGAAGAUACCUUUGGUGGACAUCUCAAAGUUGGGCUGGCUCAGAUUGCAGCCAUGGAAAUCUCACGGGGCAACCACAGAGAUAACAAAGCUGUGAUUCGCUAUCUGCCUUGGCUCUAUCAUCCCCCUUCUGCCAUGCAGCAAGGGCCGAAAGAAUUCAUCGAGUGUGUCUCCCGCAUCCGUCUGCUGUCCUGGCUGCUCCUGGGCUCCCUCACUCACAACGCAGUGUGUCCAAAUGCCUCCUCUCCGUGCCUGCCCAUACCUCUCGACGCAGGCUCUCAUAUCGCAGACCAUCUCAUUGUUAUCCUGAUUGGGUUUCCAGAGCAAUCAAAGACCUCCGUGCUGCACAUGUGCUCCCUCUUCCACGCAUUUAUCUUUGCUCAGCUCUGGACUGUGUAUUGUGAGCAAAGCGCCGUAGCGACAAACGUCCAAAGUCAGAAUGAAUUCAGCUUCACGGCAAUACUGACUGCGCUAGAGUUUUGGAGCAGGGUGACACCCAGCAUCCUCCAGCUGAUGGCCCAUAACAAAGUGAUGGUAGAAAUGGUAUGUCUCCAUGUGAUCAGUUUGAUGGAGGCAUUGCAAGAAUGCAAUUCAACAAUUUUUGUCAAGCUGAUACCUAUGUGGUUGCCAAUGAUUCAGUCAAAUAUCAAGCACUUAUCGGCAGGACUGCAGCUUCGCCUCCAGGCCAUUCAGAACAACGUGAACCACCACAGCCUAAGGACACUGCCCGGCUCGGCCCCGAGCAGCGCGGGCCUCGUGGCCCUCCGCAAGUGGCUCCAGUGUACCCAGUUCAAAAUGGCCCAGGUGGAGAUCCAGUCUUCGGACGCGGCCUCUCAGUUUUAUCCUCUAUGAGCGGACUCCUCGGCUCUCAGUGUCAACACUCUGGUUUAGCAAUAAUGGGUUUCAAAAAAAACAAAACAAUUUGAUCCAAGCAGGUUGGGGAACAUAUCGGUACUGUACAUUCUCUUUCUAGUUUAGUAAAAAAAAAAAAAAAAAAAAAA